AUGGACGUAGAUGAUCGACACGAUGAAGCUCGGAGACGACUUAAAGAAAUUCGAAAAUAUAAAAAGAAGAAAUGGAAGGCUAACAAAAAGGCACGUUUAAACAAAGAAAAGGGCAAAGGGAAUAUAUCCGAAGUCAAGAAAGUCAAGGAAGCAUUUGUUCAAACUACUGUGUCUACUACUACGAAUGGAGAAAAUAAUGAAGCUGUUUACAUUUCAAAGUCUGCGGCAAUAGGCGGAGCCCAAGAUAUCACCAAUGGUGUAGUAGAGGUUGUAAUUCCGUCAAGAGGUAGACAUAUGGUAGAUGCGGCCCUACAGCGAUGUAAUGAGUCAGUAAAUCAUCAGAAAAGGCCGGCAGCAAGUUUAUGCGUGAAAAAAGCAAAAUGCGACACGAGGGAAGAAAUUCCUAAGAAAAGAAAAAAGUUACAGUCUGAGAUAAAAGUUSUGGACCGCUCGCUCAUACAUCGCAUGAAAGGAGUAGCGGCUCUUGGCACUGGAUCCUAUGGCACAUGUUACUUAGCGAAGUACAGGGGAAUAAGUGUYGCUGUAAAGGAAUACAAAGACCGAAAAGGCAAAAAAACACUCAGAAGUCUUGUGMAUUCGGCAGAGACUGAAGCGAGGACUAUCAUGAACCUUGGCGACCAUAAGGGACUACCUCUUCUCUUUGGAAUAUGCAGAGAAACGCUUCCUGUGUGYYUAGUCCUUUUGUUUCAUGGCGUCAAAGACACUACGUUAACASUGUUCAAAGCCGCGGAUAAAGCUCUUCUAGAUGUAAACAUGUGGAAUACAGUUUUUCUUGGUAUUGCUAAAGCCUUGGAACACGUACACAACAAAGGUUUUAUUCAUAACGAUCUUAAGGGAAAUAAUGUUGUGUUAGAACCGGACAGUGACAGCGAUGUCGCAAGUUACAAUCCCGUGAUCAUCGAUUUCGGGUGCAGUGUGCCGAUAGAACUUGCCAAAUGUAGACCAGCACAGGCCAAACAUCUUCAAGAARUCAAUAAAAAAUCGUACAUUGCACCAGAAAUCUUAGACGGCACCAAGAAACCUUCGACAUACAGUGACGUUUAUUCUUAUGGACACAUGUAUAAUUUUGUUCGUAAGAAGUGCAAUCUACCUAUGCCAAGAAAGUUGAGAAUGACAAUGGACACUGACCCAAAAUCWAKGCCUUCUCUAAAAGAGCUUGUAGGAUACUUUGAAGACSUUCUCACAAAAAUUUGA